AUGAAAAAAUCAGACAUAUUGGGUUCGAUCGUCCAGAGUUUAGAGGCAAUGCCCACUGAACUCGCUCAUCAGAUCAUCGAUGAUUUGCGAGUAUGGGAUGUCCUUAAGCUACUCUGCUACAGAAGUGACCGAAUCGACAGAUGCAUCAUGUCUCAUCCUAUUUGCCGCACCCUCAUCGGGUCUGACCCUGAGACCAUUUCGAAGGUCAGGUUUGCGACCGAAUUCUUUAGGCACUGCUUUUCAAAAAUUCGGAAACGACCUAUCCCUGAAAACUCACCACUAUAUUCCAACAUCCAUCACGUUAAAGGUUGGAGGAAAAACUCAAUCUAUAGCAACAUGCAUGCACGCCUCCGAGAAGAGUUGACACGGCAGUACAAGAUAUUGAAUUGGUCUCAAGUUGAGGGUUACUGCGGUAAUUUUGGUUACUGCGGCUGUAUGAAUGUCAAAAGCGCGCAUGCGAGGUUCUCAGUCCAGCGUACUCUGGAGAGCGGAUACUCUUUUGAAGAAAUGAAAAGAGAUUGGGAAAAUAUACAAACUCCCCUGGCUGCAGUUUCUGGACAGUUAGCCUUAGAGCUACGUUGGGCAGCCGAUAUGCUAGAGGCCAAUCCAGAUAUACUUAAACGUACCUUGGAUUCGGCGCAAAAGCGUCGACCUAAUACAGCACAUAUCGUAUCGCGUAUGCGACAUGGUGCAGAAAGAUUCAUGCGAUACCCAAAGGCGAGGUUGGCUGCUUGCGAGCACUUUCGAUACCUUUUUAUGCCAGUCAUUCCCUUCGACUCCGUGCUGGAUGAACUGUUGGAUUUAAUGAAAACCAAUGGCUUACUUGAUGGGGAUAAGAUCAUUAAAGAUGGUUUUCCAGCUUUAGUAACGGGCUUAGCAGAAAUUGUUGUCCGCGGGAUUCCUCAUGUCUAUGUUUCCGAUGAUGAAAUAUGUGGUUUACACAGCGAAUAUAAAUAUGAUGGGAAAAUUCAACGAACUGGAAACACGCCCUGGAAUACACCAAUAAUCCCGGUUACUAUCGAUGACGCCUUCUUCACUCCCUUCAGAUUAUGUCAGGGUCGCAAUUUCCAACGGCAAAAGUGCUCUAGAUGGGAGCCUCAUAGCGAGAAGGAAAGAGAAUGGCUCAAGUCUUUCGUGGAAUUAUAUCGAUACUUGAAGAGAUAG